UUAAUAGAAGAAGAGGGAAAUACCCUAAUUUAUCGAUCUUCAAUAAAUCUUCAAAAAUUUUAGUCUGCGAUAACAAUGAGAAGUAUGUCGAAAUUUGGAUUAAAUGCACCCUGUAUACUCUUCCCUCUAUUCAUCCUUCAAUUUUUACCUGUAAUUUUUUCAAUCAGGAGGGAUAUUGGCUUUCAUGAAAUGAAAAUUUGCAGAACCACUGUUCAAGGAAGAUUUCUACUAUCUGAUGAUAAUGGCCAUGUAUGUGAUGCUCUAUCAUUAGAUCCACAGUCCCGCUGCUGCCCUGUGAGAGGAGAGAAAUUUUCUUGUCAUGGAUGCAACCUUCUUUCACAUUGUUGCAAUUCCUAUGAAUUUUGUGUCUCAUGCUGCCUGAAUCCUGCAAGGACACAGGAGGAAGAAGUCAUGAAGUUGAAAAUAGCCAAGCCGGCAACUGCAGGGACAUAUACAAGUACGUUUGAUUUCUGUGCUGGGAGGUGCCGUCAUAAUUCUGAGAGUGUGGUUCACGAAAAUGCUUAUCUGAGUGAUUUCCAUCACUGCUUUUCCCUGCCAUCAAAUUCUACAGGUGCCAAUUAUAGACAACUAGAGGCAAGACUAGUGGGCAUUAAUGUAAUAAUUGGGAGGCAAGGUGAGUCCUGUGAUUCGGCUUGCAAGUCUAAUGGACAGUCAUGCGUCUUAAAUAAGCUUCUGGUGCUCAAUCAAUGUGAUAUUAUGCAGAAAUAUAUGAGUUGCCGAGGAGCAUGUUUAGCAAGCAUGGGAACAGAUCAACCUGCUGAAGUUGUUGAUAUUGCUCCUAAACACUUGAACCCAGGAGCAUGCUUGUACACUCGAACACAAUCAAUGCUUUCUUGUGAUGGUUCACAUCGGCAUACCAGGAGACUUUGUCCCUGUGCAUAGUGUCUUUGAUUUACUUGCAGGAGACAAACGGCAGUUGCUUAUAUAUAGUUUUGCAGUUUACUUACGAGGAGACAAACGGCAGUAGCUUCUAUAUGGUUUGGGGUUCACUAACGAGGUACUUCUGUUUGUUGAGGAAAGCUUUUCUGUAGAUACACAGAAAAUGAAGAAUAUUCUUGAUCUAUAUGUUUGUAAAGUAGUCUGUAAAAGAGUAUCAUAUAGAAGGUUUAGGUUCACCCUGAAGGAAGGGACAGUGAUCAGACAAAGUUUGAAAUAUGCAGUCAAUGCACUGAACUGUUGGAGAUAAAGGUUCCUUUUAACCUUAAAUUAGUACCACGGAGAGGGUAAAAUAGUUUUCAGGCUGCAACUUGGUGGGGAGAAAGAACUAAAGUUCACAUUUUACUUGUUUUGUGAAAAUUUCAAUUGAUUUUAUAACGAACAAAUAGAUCUCUCAGACAUGUACAUACUUCAGAGUGCAGUUUGUGGAGAUCCUUUAAAUUUUUUUUUUUUUUUUCUUUUUGGACCAAUGCAAGAUCCUUAAUGAAAAUAGAAAUUUGCAGGGUUUUUUUGUUAAUUACUAAAAGGUGUUUUGUGCUUUACAUUUUGACAA